AUGACACCGUCACAGAGUUCGACCCAGGCUUGUGAAGUACACGGUGGCGUGCGGGUGGCUGCGGCCUGUGAGACCGCAUUAAAUCCGCUUUGUGGCCACGACGAUUGCACUCGGUAUGAACUGGAUUGCGUGCCUGACGAAGCUGCUUCAUCCAUCGAACGCCUACUCACCGUUCUCCUUGCUGUGUUUUCGAGGGCUAGCUCCCCGGAGGCAAACGAGGGCAUGUCAACACAAACAUUCGGAGAAUUACUCUAUGAAAACUAUGUGUUCGAUGUUACUCUCAUGAUGGAUCUUUGUUCGAUCUAUUACGAUUUUGCGCGGCCGAAACUGGUGGCCAUCUUUUCGAACGUAUUUUCAUAUCAGGAGAAGUAUUGGGAAGAUGUUAGGAGCAUGAUGCAGACACUACCCACGGUCUUCGAUCGUGUUGAGCGUGAACUGGCAAAGUGUUCUCACCAGAUCGGGUGGUUUACGGAUAUAAUAGCCUACAUCUCCGACAUAUCCUGGUCACUGUACACAUUCCUCUCAAUCCUGUCUCGGUUAGAAAUUACCACGGAAGUCAAAGACAUAAACUUGGAGGCGCAUUUACCAGAGAUGUUGGCUGCAUUUUUCGAGGCUGUCUUCGUGCCACUUCGGACCGAAAUCUUAUCGGAUUUGCAGCUUACAAUUGAGCAGCGGAACGAUCUUUUAUCCAAACUAUCACAGGCAUCUGCACAUCUGGUCAGCGCAGUUCGGAAAGGCAUCAUAGAACCUUGCCUACUGGACAAAAUCCGUAACGGAUCCAAGCAGGAGAAAACUCAUACUGAUGCAUCUGACAGCACUGUGGCGCUUGCGCAAAGCUUCCUGCAGCUAAUGCUCCAGUUGCUGAAUUAUCGCAAGUUUAGCCUGGCACUUCAUCUUCUUUAUCCGCUGGAUACUGACAUCUCUUUCUUGCGCCAGACUGUGGGACAGAAACACAUUGAUGAAGCAACGGCCCAGUAUCUGCUCGAUGCGGCCGAGUGUCUUAUUUCCGAGACUGGGUUAACACGGAACGGUUUGGAACAUUUGAUCGCUGAGGACUCUGUGGAAAGAAAAGUCACUAAUAAGGGUCUUGUCGAAGACCCAGUACCUGGACCUUCUAUCAGUGGAUUGGUGCGUGAAGUGAAAGAAAUCCUGCCCCAUAUGGAUGUUGAUCUUAUUCAGCGUUGUUUGGUCGAGUUCAACGAUGAUACUGCUCGGGUAAUCAACGCAGCCCUUGAAGGAUCCAUACCUGAGCAUGUACUUUCCCAAAAACCGACGACUCCCAAGAAAACUAAAACUGUGCGGCCCUCUGGCUCGAACCAACUGGAUUUGGACUUGGCAACCGCUGCUGCCUGUGGAGCUGUCGAGCUCAGAGCAAACCAGUUGUGGCAAGGGAAGCGCGAACUAGACGGUGCUGGAACUGGUUUGACCAAACGCGAGAAGAAAUUCACGAUACGGGCCGCUGUAUCUGUUUGGGAUGAUGAUGACGAUGAUGAGGGACAAACGCAGGAUAUUGGGGCUGAUGGGGAAACUGUUCGUGAGCUGACACAGGAAGUGAACAAGCUAUUUGUCGAUGAAUACGAAGAUGAAUAUGAUGAUACAUAUGAUGUUCACGAGGGGGCGAUUGAUGACGUGGAAUCUGAGGCAGAGUCCACCCGCGAUCAACGUACAGAAGAUGGUGUACACGCUAGCAAGCAUUCAGAUGGUCGUGUUGAGAAUGCGUCCCGGCAACCGGUGCUUCGAAUUGAAAAUCCCGAAGUGGUCCGAGAACGGCAGCAGCAAUAUCAGCAGUCGCGGCAGGCCUUUCGUCGUGGUCGUGUAAGACUAUUCCAGCAGCCGUGCAGUGUCGCACCACAGCCAAUGCCAGCUGAAGAACAUUUUGCAUUCGCACCUCCAAGAAGUGAAGUAAGCAAUCGACAAGCGAAGGACCGUGGCGUCUCCGCGACCAAACACAGUGCUAAACAUGGCUCUUCGGGCACAGCUCAUAAUGAAGAAUCCGCGAAUAGCAGCGCGAUGGAACACACGAAACAGGAAGCCUCGAGCGAUAGACAUUUUCGGACUGCUCAUAAGGCUCGUUUCGCCGCCCACAAUAGGCGGAAGCUUGCGGAUAGAAAGCGCCAACUAUGAGCGAUAGCUCAGCAUACAUCCUUACACACUCACCGGCUUGUCUUUCGGUUACUUCAAAAUUCCAUUUUGGAACGCUUUCCAAACUCAUCUUUCUGAUGCAUUUGUACGGAACGCAAAUCAAACCAACUAUUUUGCUACUUAACACGAAACAUCCGGUGUAUAUGGGUGGUGGGAAUGCAGUUGGGCCAUGAGGUUGGACUUGGAAGAGGUAGUAUUCCGGCCAACCUGGUCUUCCAUGUUAACUGCUUUUAGGGUUCUCAAGUAGACUGUUCUCGUACAUUGUUUUUGCGUGUGUACCGUGGAGGUGAUACGAGUCACAUGGGGUCUGUUUGAGUUGGUUAUUUACCGUUGUUUCCCCG